AUGGAGUCUUUGAUUGUGUCUCCGCUGGUAGAGGUGCUCUUUGGAAGGUUGGCUACCACUGUUGUUAGUGAAGUGCGAACUCGCAGAGGGGUCAAGAGAGAGAUAGAGAGGAUGCAGGAGAUGUUACCGGUGAUUCAAGCGGUGAUAGAGGAUGCAGAGGAGCAGCAGAGGAAAAAUAAGAAGGUGAGGACUUGGCUGGCAAAGCUCAAAGACGUUGCAGUAGAUGCUGAUGAUCUGCUUGAUGAGGUUGCCACUCUAGUUCUACGCAAGAAUUUCAUGAAAAAGGAAUUUCGCGGACCAGAUGCUGCUACUAGAUAUGAUUUCCUAAUAAUAAAGCUUAUUGCAGCACAGGAAGAGUUUGACAGCGAAAGUAUUCGAAUACUGCUUCAUGUGGGAAUUGGAAUUCUGUUUCCUUCCUCGGAUAGGAGCAUGGAGCUGAGGAUUAGUAUGAUUCUGAGAGAAAUGGAAGCUCUACAAAAUACUUACACGGGAGAGGGCAAAAUCAAGAUUCUUCAGUUUAUACUUUAUAGCAAACUUUAUGUACUUGAUUCACGUCCGAAUGUGAACAUGAAGGACAGGAUUGGUAUGAUACUGAGAAAGAUUGGAGAGCGGACCAGAUAUGAGGUAAGGAAAACUAGCUUAACUCUUGAAUCAAUAUCUACCUACCGUAAAAAGUCGCGUAAACUAAAGGAGAUUUGUGGAAGAUUGGAUGAUGUAGCCAAGGAAAUGUCUACUUUCCAGUUCAAAGAAACUCAGUCGUAUGGACGGUCAAGUACCAUGGAGAGACCCCAAACUGGACCCUCUGUCAAUGAUUCAAAGGUUUAUGGCAGAGAAGAGGAUGUGGAUAAAAUUGUGGGGAUGCUAUUGUCUUCCAGUAGUGGUCCUGAAGUUGCAGUAAUUCCCAUUGUUGGUAUUGGAGGGAUGGGGAAAACAACACUUGCUCAGUUAGUUUAUAAUGAUCCGAGGGUAACAAGCCAGUUUCAAUCUUUAAUGUGGGUGUCCGUCAAUGACAAUUUUAACCCGGCAAGGAUCAUAAAUCAAAUAUUGAGUUAUGUCGGACACGGCAGCCAUGACUCAUUUCAGAUUGGGGUGCUGCAAUCUCAAUUGAGAGAAUCCUUACUGGGAAAAAGAUAUUUGAUAGUGCUCGAUGAUGUGUGGAAUGAGGAUCCAGAUGAAUGGGAUAAAAUAAUGAAUCCAUUGAAAGGCUCCGCAGAUGGAACAGAGGACGGUUUUCCGAGCCUUCUGCGCAUCGUUGAACAAAUAGUAGACAAGUGCAAAAGUGUCCCAUUGGUUGCAAAUAUUCUUGGAAGCAUGCUGCGCUUUAAAAGAGAAGAAAGCGAGUGGUUACAUGUGCAAAGGAGUGAACUAUGGAGUAUUGAUGCAGGGGAGAACAGAAUUCUGUCCAUCUUAAGGAUAGAAGAUGCUGGGCUGUGGCGGGCUGGUGUGGCAGAGUCUGGGAGCGGUAGGCAGGUGCAGCGCGGACUGGGCUGCGGCGGUGCACGGCAGAGAAGGCGCGGUGAGUUGAUCUGGGCUGCAGUGGGCUUGCGAUGCACUGGAUGGAGGCUGCGGCCGGCAGGAAGAUGA